UAUUCCACAGAGAACCUAUGGGAAGUGGGAUGGAGAAAGAGAAGCUGGUGUAGUUAGUUGAACAAGAGUAGUGUGAGGAUAUCCAUUGGAAACAACAUGAUUUUAAAACAAGCAUCACUUCCAUUUUAGAAUGUGUUUCUUCUGAGAGAGAGAGAGAUUAAAAAAAAAACUAAAAGAAAGAGAGGAUCAAAGAAUUGUGUGGUGUAAUUACAGUGCUAUAGACUUAUUUAUAGUAAUUGUACUAUAUAUAGUGUAGUGCAGGUACUAGUAACACUAUUGUGUUUUCUUUUGGCAUUGUGGAUAGUACUGUGCAUUUGACAAGAUUCCUACUCUUAUAUAUUCACUGAUAAUUUAAUCAAUAGUAAAAACACAUAGUUUUAUCAGAAAACGAGAUAACUAUUGUUUUAAUCUGCUAUUUUUAGAAUAAUAUGUUCAUUAGUGAAUUAUGUGAAAAAUUGGAUUCAUAGGUUUACUGACAGUGACAAUACCUUAUCAUCUACAUCAAUGAUUUUAUGAUCUUGAAUACAAGUGAAAUGCAAUAAGGAGAUUAUAUAUUAAAAAUGGAUAUAUUUAAUUGGAGAACUAUACAGCAUUUCAGCUUUAGAGUGAUUUGUGUAACAAUUUGGAUUCUCUUUGGGGCAGGACAUGCCUUAGAUCUAGAUCAAUGUGGAAACCCACUUGGUAUGCAGUCUGGCUUGUUGAAAGAUGAACAGUUGACAGCAAGUUCCUCUUAUAAUAAAGCUGAGGUUGGCCCUGAAAAUGCAAGAAUACGGACAGAGCAGAAAGGCGGAGCUUGGUGUCCUAAAGAAACUAUUACCAAAGAUACAUAUGAAUAUAUACAGAUAGAUUUAGUCAAUUUGACAGUGAUAACAAAAGUUGAAACCCAGGGAAGAUUUGGAUAUGGACAGGGUCAAGAAUAUGCAACAGCCUAUCUCUUGGAAUAUCAGAGAGAAGAUGGAGGGAAUUGGAUCCGAUUUCGUAAUAGAAAGGGUAUUGAGAUAUUUAAAGGCAAUCUUGAUACAUACAGAGCUGAACUACGUGAAGUGUCACCACCAAUAAUAGCUAAACGAAUUCGCUUUAUUCCUUACAGUCAGCAUCCUAGAACUGUUUGUAUGAGGGUUGAGAUGUAUGGGUGCCCAUGGGAAGAUGGUUUGGUGUCGUAUGAUAUGCCACAAGGCAGCAAACGGGGCAAUGAAGUCGACUUAUACGAUUUUACUUACGAUGGAAUGAUCAAUGAGCAGUUAUCAUCAGGCUUAGGUCAACUUACAGAUGGAGAAAUGGGUGACACCAACUUUCGACUGGAUUCUUUAGGUCUUGGUAUGAAAGGCUAUGAAUGGGUCGGCUGGAAAAAUGAAUCUGGAAAAACAAAACCAAUAGAGAUCAUUUUCAAAUUUGACACAGUCCGUAACUUUAGUGGAUUAAGUCUCCAUUGUAACAACCAUUACAGUAAAGAUGUUUGGGUAUUCCGUAAAGCUGAAAUCUUCUUUAGUAUUGGAGGAAAAUAUUACAACACAACCCCGAUCGUGUUUGAAUUUGUUCGAGAUGAAUACUUUGAAAAUGCCCGACCUGUACUGAUCCGAUUAAAUCACCGUGUUGGAAAAUUUAUCAAAUUGAACUUGUAUUUUGAAUCACGAUGGAUAAUGAUCAGUGAGGUGCAGUUUACAUCCCAAAUUGCCCAUGGUAAUUUUACACCUGAAUCGGCUCCAUUGACGACACUUCCACCAACUUCUAACCCAGGUGAUAAAUCCGAGAAUGAUAUAAAUGAGGAUUUUGACAAGUUAUCAAUAGAACUUAAUGGAAAUACAGAGACAGAAGAUAUACAGAAAGAGAAAGAAGAGAAGGAAUAUGAUGAUAGUUAUAUUGGUGUUAUUAUUGGUGCUCUAGCGGCUCUUAUACUCAUCCUUAUAAUUGUCAUCUUUAUCUUCUUCUAUCGACAUAAACGUAAUAAAAACAAUAAUAAUCGACGAGCUCUGAAACCAGUCGUAGAUCGACAUGUCACCAUCAAUCUCAAUGAUCUCCGCGGCAGCACUAACGGUAAAGUUUCAAAUGGUAAUAUGUACAACAGUAUAGCAACCGAGGACAUGGACUCAGAUAAGGAGCUGACGUGUAAUGGCGGAGACAAAAAUGGCAAGAGCCCCGCGUACUUGGAACCAAAAGAUACCAUCCAGACUAGAUCAUUGCCAGAUGUCCCUGCGAGCCGUGAUUCGGGUGAAUCUCAAGAUUACGCUGUUCCUGAUAUUACCAAAUCUGCUCUUAUAGUAAAUCUACCGCCACGCCCACCUCAGUCAUUACCAAAUGUAGAACCUGUUAUGAUGAAUGGUCCACCACCAAAUUAUGAUGCUCUGUACGCAGCUGCUGAUGUGGUUAACGUUCAGAAUGUGUCCAGUUUACAGGGUGUGAGUGGUAAUAAUGUCUACGCUGUACCUAAUGCAGACCUUCUGUUAACUAUUGACUAUUCCGUGAUGGAGUUCCCUCGUGAAAAUCUACGUUUCUUAGAAGUACUUGGUGAAGGGCAGUUUGGUGAGGUACAUUUAUGUGAAGCUGUUAGAAUCAAUGAACUACUCAAUGAUGACUACUUGACGAAUCGAACACUCUCUCGAUCUAUGCUAGUAGCAGUUAAAAUGUUACGACCAAAUGCUGAUGAUCGAGCAAGAUCGGACUUCCAUAAAGAAAUCAAGAUAAUGUCUCAAUUGAAAGAUCCUAAUAUUGUACGAGUAUUAGGUGUAUGUACGAGAGAAGAGCCGUUAUGUAUGAUCGUGGAAUAUAUGAAAUAUGGUGAUUUGAAUCAGUUCCUAUUGGAACAUGUAGCCGAAUCACCAGUUGCAGAAGCUACCAAUGCUAAAACCCUUAGUUAUGGCUGCUUGAUUUAUAUAGCCACACAAAUUGCUUCCGGAAUGAAGUACUUGGAAUCAUUGAACAUGGUACAUCGUGAUCUUGCUACUAGAAAUUGUUUAGUCGGACAUAAUUUCUGUAUUAAGAUCUCAGAUUUUGGAAUGAGUCGAAGUUUGUAUAGUGCUGAUUACUAUAGGAUAGAGGGACGAGCUGUUCUACCUAUUAGAUGGAUGGCCUGGGAAAGCAUACUUUUGGGAAAAUUCACAACGAAGAGUGAUGUAUGGUCUUUUGCUGUAACUCUGUGGGAAGUUCUUACUUUUGCCAAGGAGCAGCCAUAUGAAUCAUUAACAGAUGAACAAGUUAUUGAAAACGCUGGACAUUAUUAUCGUAAUGAUGGACUUCAAAUAGUUCUACCUCGACCCUCAAAUUGUCCAAAGGAAAUAUUCGAUUUGAUGCGGGAAUGCUGGAAUCGACAAGAGAGUGAGCGCCCCUCGUUCCGUGAAAUCCACAUGUUUCUUCAACGGAAAAAUAUGGGAUACAAUCCGAAAGACGAAAAAAUGAACCAAAUAAAAGUUCCUAUUUGUUAAAAAAACAAAAAGAAGUCCCAGUGUGAACUUUUAUUGGAAGGAGACAAAGCUAGUCAAGAAAGCACAUAUCAACUAUUUAGGAGAUGAUAUGUGUUUUAAUAUAUUGGUUGCCAUUUUUCAUGGUUGUGCACUUGUCUCCCUUCGUUAAUGAAGAUUUCUGUGAAGGGAGAUAAAGAGAUUUUAGGGUGCUAUCAUAUUUUUAUCUCUUGUGUGGAUUCAUUGAUACCAAAGGUUCUAUAAAAAAAAACUUAUUUACCAUAAUAAAAAAAAUAAUAACAAGACUUAACUUGCAUUCUAUAUAGCUACAAACUGCAACGAUAUAGAAGUUGAGUGGUACAAACUAAAACAACAGAGAGAGAAAAGAUAUUAGGAUGUGCUGUAUCUAGAUUCCUGUCAUUAAUCUGUGAUUGUCUUGCUCAACUUGUGCAAGGGAUAUUGUUUCCAUAGUAACAAAGUGAUAAAUAUGAACGACAAUAUUUCUCACGGAUGCUGAUAAUGACGAUUUUGUGUUUUUAAUUUGAUUUUAAUUACAUUAUUAUAUGAUACAAGUGAGCGAAUAUAAUUUGAGAGAUUAAAAUCUAUAUUUCUGAGAUUAUUAUUCCAAUUUGAUAAUUUUUAUAAUGGCUGAUAGUAAGGACCUUGAUUUAUAGUAUAUUUAGCUUCAUCAUGUGAAUAAGAUUAUUAAAUAUUAUUUAGACAUAUUGCUAGUACUUAACUGCAUGUCAAAAUGUAGUCCUAUCCAUAGAACUAUGAAUAUCAAUAGCUUUUAAAUAUAGCGCUGAAUGCAUUUGUAUGAUGAAAGACAUGACAACAUAUUAUAUGCUUCGACUUGUGCUCAAGUUCAAAGUCAGUGAUGAAGAAACUUGUUAUUUUUGCGAUGCUGAUGGAAAAGUUAAAUUAUUUAAAGUUAUUAAUCACAAAUAAUAAAAUUGUUUACACUAUUUUAAAAACAUCAUGAUAUAUCCACAUUAUUGAAACAUUUUUUAAAAUGUAGAAAUUAAUAAAUCAUUUCUUACAGUAUAUAAAAUCAUUGUGAAUUUUGAUCUGAACUUAAUUGUUUAGAACUGCUUUACAUGCCCACUGCCAGUCAAAACUUUAUUCACCAUGUAUCAUUUACACUAGAUGUAACGAACACGGAGCAGAGUUGUCUAACUUACCGGUUUGGAUAAAAUCUGUACACUACAAUAUUGAGUGCUAGAAAUAUCAGUAAUCUGGCUGAGAUCUUGGAGAUACAUUUGGAUUCCAGAAAAAAGUGUUGUAUGUUGGACAACCCUUCUGUUCAGAUCAUAUGUGUAGUAUAAUGAUACACACGGUUAUUGUAUACUGACUGUUGCCAUCUAUUUGUUAUUAGCCAGAAUUAAUUCAUCAAUAGCAAGUGUUUUUAAAAUUAUCCAUAUAUGCUACUAGCAGUUUUAUAAAAGGAGCUUUCUUCUGUCACUGUCAGUUGAGAACGUCUUAGGUGCUUGUGAUCACCAGUGCUAUCUGUGUGCAGUAGAAAUCAACAGUUUGGUACACAAUUAAAUCUGUACUCUAGUAAACAAAAAGAAGUUGAAUAAUCAAAACUUGUGACUGGCAGUCAACAUGUUCAGCUUUAUUUUAUCCAAUGUUUUAUGUAAAAAGAGCAAUGAUUUGUAUGAAGACUGAAAAUAUUUAUGACUAAUGCCAAAUAAUAGUGAUCACCUUGGAUUUACUAGUAUUAUUAAUUUUGAAAAUAUUUUUGCAUGUAUAUAUGGCUGUAAUAAAUUUGUCCUCAUUUAAUUGUGAAAAUUAUCACCAAAAUAUGUAAAUAUAAGUCACCUUCAAUCCUAAAUAUGUUGACGUUAUUCUGAAUGGUUCACAUUAAUUUUUCAUAUUCUAUGCCAAAUAUUUCAGACCAAUUCAGGGUUGUUCACUAAAAUAUAAGAUAAAUUAACAGAUAUACGAAAACCACUACACUUAUUAUGUAGGUAUACCAUGGCUUCAAAAAUAAUAGACCAUAAUAAUAUAGCCUAGGGCAAAUUUGAUUGAGAUGUAAUCUGGAUUUACAAUCUUGAAUUUGUUGAUAUAUUUACAAUCUAGAAUUUGAUAAUGUAUUUACAAUCUGGAAUGUAAUUAUGUACUCAUUGUCUGGAAUGUAAUAAUGAAUUCAUUAUCUGGACUGUAAUAAUGUAAAUACAAUAUACAAUAAUUGGAAUAAGGAAAUUAAUGAAAUAUUUACAACCUAAAAUUUGAUGAAAAUAUUACAAUCUCUAGAAUUUGAUGAUCUAUUUACAAUCUAGAAUUUGAUACUGAAAUUAGAAUUUGAUGAUGUAUUAAUUGCAAUCUAGGAUUUGCUCUACAUUGUAUUUACAAUUUUGAUUUUGAUGAUGUAUUUAUUAUCUACAAAACAAUAAUUUAAAUUUAAACUAAUUGUGAUUCAGAUUCGCCACAAGUCAAAUGCCUCUUCUAUAGUAUCAAAGUAGACAAAAUGGUUGCCAUCUUUAGGAGUGACCUAAAUUAUUCGCGAUUGUUUUGUAGUAAUUGUCACAUUUAUGUUCCAAAAGUGUCGAGCCUCUGCACAUCUGUAUUGUAAAGUCCAUUAGCAUAAUUCACUUUAGACGUGGAUAUAGUUUUAGAAAAACAUCAGUGAUUUUUGUUUUAUUAAUAUAAAUUCCUUCCUGGAGUUUUAAGGAAAUAAAAUACAUAUAAAUGGUUGUGAGGUACAUGUGUGUGUGUACGAUAUUAACUAUAGAAACAAGAGUGGUUUUUUACAAGCUUGAUAAUAAACUAUAAUAAAUUUGACUGUAUAAAAUGAAGGGAUUGGAUACUCGGAUAUUUUCUUGAUCGUGUUUUUUGGACUGCUCUGAAAAGUAUAAUUGGAACACUUGUUUAAUACUUGUGCAUAUUGACAAUCGUGAAAAGUAGGACUUCAUAUUUUUAAGACUAAACAGACGGAGUUCAUUAUUAUCUGAUUGAAAAUAUUAAAGUGUUUUAAACAUACACGAUUUAGAAUGCCCAUAAAAGGCCACAAAAUGCAGAUCAAGAAAAAUCAAAGAAUUAUACAGAAGCUUCUGCUCCCUUUAUUAAUUCUCUCAGAAUUUAUAUAUAUAUAGUUUACAAAUACUAUAAUUGAUGGUGUGACAAUAUUAAUGGUUGUAUUGUAAUCAGCUACCAGGCUACUCUUGUUGUUAAGAUGUGUAGAAGAAAAACAUUCAAUUAAAAGAAAACACUGCAUAAUGUUCAUGUUUCUUGGGGUAUAUUUUUAUAUGUGAAAAUUAGCUGUGUACAAAAUGUGAUCUAAACCUUUUACGAUAUUCUACUGUUAAAUAUAAAUGUUAUAAUACAGAAGUUGAAGCACACCUAUGUAAGUGACUGUAGAUUUUGUAAUAUAGAUGUUAAUUAAUUAAGAUAUUAUCAAAUUUUUAAUAAUAGAUAAAUAAAGCUUUGUACCGUAGUCUUAAUUAUGUGGUAUAUAUGUUCUCUUCCUAUCUUUUUUCAUUUGAAAUUCCACGAUGAAUAUAUUAUCGUGAAUCGCCAUAUCCUCAUCCAACUAAAUUCUGAAUUAUCAUAGAUUUUGGUAUUUUAGGAUUUUAAUAAGCAAGUCUUAAUGAUUUUGAUGUAUUUAAUCGGAUUUUAAAACUUGAUUAAUAUAGGUGAUGGUAAAGUGGAGUGUUCAGGCCUUUAAACUAAAUUAUUAAUAUUGUGAUUAUAUAUAGAACCAUAUGUAAAUGUAUUGCCAUUAAUCCAUCGAAAGUCGUACAUUUGUGAAUUUGAAUCUCCUAAUUUAAGGCUUAACAGUAUUUUCUGAAAAUUAAUAUAAUAUUAAAAUUUUUGUAUUUCACUUAAUGGUUUAUAAUGUGUUUUUAAUCUGCUCCUAAAUCGGAUUCUGAAAUUUGACUUUUGAUAUAUCAUCAGUAAAGUGACUUUAGCUAAAGGAAUAAGGGCAUGUAACGAACUUUACAAUUAUCAUUUAAUUUUAAAUCAUUCACAUUGUAAUGUCUCAACCAUCUUAUUUGUUGUUCUAGUAAAAUAAUAGUUUAGCAUUAGAGCCGGGGGGAUCAGGAAAAGCUACAACUUGUCACUCAAAUAAAACCCUGCGAUUUUUCAAGUUACACACGAUUAUUGUUAUUAAGAGUAUAUUGCAGCUGAACAUUAAUCUAUGACUUACAAAUAAUUUUUGCUAAGAAAUAAUAUCGGCCACAAACAGAUCUAAGUCAUCAUUUUAUAUGUAUAAUGUUUACUAGUCAGUUAAAUGGUUAGUAUUCAGAUGGUAGUCAUUAAUAAGGUGUUUAGAGGGUGACAAAUAAAUGAUACACACUAUUGGUUGGGUUUGUGUAUUCACUAUUAAUGGGUAUUAGAAAUAGUCCCACUUUCACACUAGUGGUGACAACUUUUAAAGCUAGUUAUACACCUGCUAAUUAAUGACUACUGUAUAAUUUCUAAUCACUUUCUAUACAUACUAAACAUUCAUUUAGAAUAAGGAUGACUUGUUCAAUUUAUUGGCAAAAUUUUUAUCCGUAAAGUGUUAAAAACUUUAUUUAUUGUCAGGUUUGGUUUUGUAUUAUGUUUAUUUAUAAAGAUUCUAUCAGCAUAAUUAGUUUGUUUUAAAACUUAUUUCAUCAUGCCUUUGAUUUUUUGGAAUUAAACAAAUUAUCUGGCCAAAAAUUAUUUAUGAGCAAUAGAAAAGAUAUUUAUUAACUAUUCAUCAUCAAUCAUUUUAGAAUCUCGCCAGUAUUAGCUUUGUAUAUCCCAUUUCUUUUAUAGCUAAUAAUAUUUCAUAAAAAAAAAAAUAAUUAUGAUCUAUUUCUAUGUAAACAUCAUAAUUAUGUUAUAAGUGCUUAAUGACAAGUCCUUAUAUCAGUUCUACUAUCUUUUAUGUCAACUUUUUAAUUUAUUUUACUCAAAUAGUUUUUGUAGUUAUUUUACCAAAUUCAAGGACACUAUAAUAGUGGACACAUUUUUACCUGCAUGACUAUUUUUUAAAAAAUAUAUUUUAAUCUUCUGUAUUUGAAGUCUGAGCAAAUUUCAAGUUGUAAUUUUUGAAUCUGUGUUUUAUUUGCCAAGACUGAAUUAUGGUGAGCUUUGUUCUUAACUGUAAAUAAAAGCAUUGUAUAAUGAA